AUGCCUCCCAUUAUAUUGUGGAUAUUAACAUUCUUUUUUUUUUUUAAAUUAUUAUUAUGCAGCUUAAUAGCUUCAAAUUUAACAGAACCAGAAGAUACAGAUUUUAAAAUUAUUUAUGAGUCGCAUUCAAGACAUUUGAUUAUUACAAGUAAAAAUCAGGAAACCUGUAACAGUACUUACUAUAUAAACGAACAAUGUAAAAUCAUUGAUUCUCAUAUAGAAAUAAGUAAGAAUAAUACUGAAUUAUGUUUAAAUAAAAAUAAAUGUUCUUACAUUGAAAAAUAUAUAUUUGAAACUGUUGGGAUAGGCAUAGCUUCUGAGGAAGAUUUUUCCAAAGAACUUCCUUGCAAUAAUGAAAAUGAUAAAACAAAGCAUGAAUGUAAUAAGGAAUUAUACAUAAAUGAAAACAUAAAAUGUAUGUGUUGUAAAAAAGAUACACCAUAUAUUACUACAGAUGAAGCAUAUAAGAAUGCACACACAAAAUGCUUAAAUUAUAAUCAAUACACUUUCAGUGAAUGCAAAUGCUUACUAAAAUAUGAUACAAAUGAUGAUAAUAUAACUACAAAUAAAUGUGAAAAUUUCACAUGUAGAGGAGGUUUAUGUACACUUAAAGUAAAUGGAGAACCAUUUUGUUCUUGUUUUGAUAACUAUUAUUUUGAUAAAAAUAAAAAUGAAUGCAAGAGGCAUGAAGAAAUAAGACAUAAUACUCAAUUUAAUGAAAAUGAAAUUACUCCUUCUAAAGUAUAUAAUACAUCUAUGCCUUCAACUGAUGGAUUUCUAUUCAAUAAUAAUAAAAAGAAUCCUCCUGGAUUUUUUUUCCUUGACGAUGAUAAGAGCAUAUUAAUAAUUAAGAGAAAAAAAGAAGAAAAAGAAUCAGAUAGUUUACAUACUGAAGAAGAAAAAGAAACAGGUAGUUUACAUACUGAAGAAGAAAAAGAAACAGGUAGUUUACAUACUGAAGAAGAAAAAGAAACAGAUAGUUUACAUACUGAAGAAAAAAAAGAUAAGAAUGAAACUUCCGAAAAAAUAGAUAACAUAGAAGAAUCAGUUUGUCUUAGAAUUGAAUGUUUUAGUGACCUUAAAAAACCUAAAUGCUUUUGCUUAAAUAGGAAAGGAGAAAAGAUUGGACAUAACAUCUUUGAUGUUUCUAAUAUAAACAUUUGUACUCUUAAUAACAUAAUUUGUGAUAAUGGGAAAUGCAAUAAUUCAUCAAAAAAGGAUUAUUUAGGUUGUAUUUGUGAUCAAAAUUACAUAUAUGAUAAGGACUUAAAGGUUUGCAUUAGCUUUUCUUUAAGAACAUUUUUAAAUUUUAUACUUGCUAUUAUAAUAUAUAUUGUAAUGUUAAUUAUAAAUUGA